AUGUGGGUCGGGGCCGUGGACAUCACGUACGGGCAGGCGCUGGGGCCGCCCGGGUACCACCGGGCGACGAGCCCGCUCGGCGUCGCGGCCGAGGUCGCGCCGCAGACGUAUCUAUGGUACAAGACGCUCGUAACAGCGACGCCGCUGCGCGACCUCCGCGUCGGCCGGCGAGACGCGAAUUUGCCCGAUGGCUUUGCAUGCUUGCCAAAGGCCGUGCUGCGCGCCGAUGGUGACGACGACGGGCUCUUCUUAUGGACGUCGACGCGCGAGACGACGCCCGAGACGACGUACGACUAUGACAACCGGCCGUUGGACCCGCUGCGGCCGAUCCAGGAGCUCAAGAUCGUGCGCUCGAUGGACGACGUGCCGCCGUCGUUCGAGUGCGCCGUUGGCGCGACGCAUGCAGACCUCGGUAUCAUUUGCUUUCGCCGUGCAACGCAAGACGAGAUCGAACGCGUCGAAGAGGAGGCGCGCGAGCCGACGAUCGUCCGACGAACCCAGCUCGGCACCGGUCUCUGGGUCGACGUUCUCGAUCCCGUCACCAACAAGUGGCACAUUGGCCAAGUGCGCGGCAACACCAACACGACACUGCCAACGGCGGCGAGCGCGCAGGUCGUGCCACAUGACGCGUGGCUGGUGCACUUGCCAGCGUACAAGACGCCGUUCAAGGAGUUGGUGGUGCAGAGCGCCCACGUGCGCAGUCGGACGGCGCCCAUCGGGACGCACACAGACUUGCACGCGUCGCCGUCGUACCCGCUUCUGCGCGUCCUGCCGCGGCGCCACGCCGUGCUGGCGGCGCCGUGCCGGGAGCUCGACGUCGCGAACGGUCUCCAGUCCUUCUUCCAGCACACGCUCAAGUACUGGGCGUCGUUUGUCUUGAGCGCCGAGACGCUGCCGGGAAGCGACGACCAAGUGUCGUCGUCGCUCUUCAUGGCCGUCGCCAAGCUCUUACUCAACGGCUUUGACGGCUGCAACGGCUACUACCUCCCCGACACGCACGCGAUCGGGUGGGAGGCGGCGUCGGACCUCGAGCAUGUGACGUACCUGGACCACGUCGCCAGCGGCGCCUUCCGCAGCGCGCCCUGCCGCUCCAUGUACUUUGUGGAGACGGUCGAGUAUUUCUUUCAAGUCGGUGGGUACCGUGCGAUCGUGCAGCGUGUGAAAGACGCUUCGAUUCCGCUCUCGGAACUUUUUCUGCACGCCAAGCCCAUCUUGACACCGACAACGGCCGACGAAGAGCAGCUCGUGACGCUCUUGCAUGCCGUCCUCGGACGCCUCGCGACCGUCGACAUGGAGCUCGUCAAGGACGACUCGGGCCUUCUCGAUGCGAUUCUAGACAAGCUCGAUACGCUCUUUGGCGACCACGCGCUCUUGCACACUGUCGACGUGCUCGAGCACUUGGAACUCGCGCACCUCGGACUCGCGAAAGCGUACCUCUGCUGUCCGUACUUGGGUCAGCAGCUCGCGGGUCUCACGCGCGUGCUGGUUUGGAUGGAGAAGGCCCAGCGCCACGACGCCUUCCUCGCGCAGCACGUGUCCCGGGCGUCGGCGACGCCACUGGCGAAGAAGCGCAUCGGGUCGUUUGGCACCAUUGGCGCCAUGCUGCGGACGUCGUCGGCCUCGAUCACGUCAUCAUCGAUGCCGAGCACGUCGACAAUGCCGCCGCCCAGCGUAUCGGCGCGCUGGCUCCGCACCGAGAGCUUUAUCCAAUGGGUCGAGGACGCCAACGUGCUGGAUCUCGUGCUGGGUGACGCGCCGACGCUGGCCCGUGUCGGCUUGCGGGACGCGCACAUUGAGGUCUGGAAGCGCACGGGGCCGCUCUUGCUGCUCGUGGCGCAGCACGAAAAGCUCACGCGGCACCAUUUGCACUUGCUCUGGGCGCACGCGAUCAAGCCGCAGCAGUCGCUUCGGCGCAAGACGGUCUUUGAGAUGCUCCUCACGCUCGCGUCCUCGAUGGUCGUCUCGCUCAUUGCCGCCGUCGCCGAGCUCUGGACCGACGUGGCCACCUACGAUGCGCUCACGAUCCACUUCCUCACGCGCAUCACGCGGCUCGCGAACGGCAAGGCCCACCAGGCGCAGAUUGGCGACGACGACCGAAUCCUGCUGGAUACCAUCGCGGCCAAGGGCGUGGAUUUGCUCUGGCACGCGAUGCUGGCCAACCCACGGGAGGUCCUCUCGCCUCUAACGACGCUGCUGCAUGACAUGGACGCGAUCGAGUCGGUGACGCGCCGCCGCAACACGCUGGCCGAGUACGUCGCCCGCAGCGUGGACGCCGUGCGCCAAGGCCGCGACGUUCCGACGCACUUGACGCUGCUCGAAGCUAUCGUGCGUGGCGCGCCGCCGGACGAGAGCGCGUUGCAGAACGUCACGUCGGCGGUCAUCCUCUCGUCGCUCAAGAAUGCGAUGAAGAUCCACCCGUUCGACAGCGUCCUCCAGCGCUUCGAGACGUCGUUUCAGCUCGUGUCGCUUCUGCUCGACUUGGUGGCCUCGUACCCGACCGAGUCGCUGGCGUGCCUUGCCUUUGUGCUCACUCACUCGGGUCUCGGGCUAUCGUACGACCAACUGGUGCGGAUUCAGGCGGCGGUGGUCGACCGAAGUACUUUUUUUACGUGGCUCUGCACCGUGCUGCCAAACUGCCUCGACGCGAUGGCGAUGAAGGGCCGCGCGGUGCUGCCGAUGGGCUUUCUCAGCAAUGGCGCGUUCACUAUCGACGUCCUCGAGCGCAUCUACGAGGACAUGGUGUGCGUCGACGCAGCGAUGACGACAUCGAUCGAGUUGGAGUGCUUUGAACGGCUCUUCCGGUACCUCAACCACCACGCGCAGCGGCUCACGGACGCCCACGCGCCGCGCGCCUUUCUCGUCGACGCGCCAGUGGACCGUCUAAACGGCUUUGGACGGCUGUACGACCUCGCCUUGCGCAGCGACGUGAACGAAGCGGCCCGCGACUACAUCGUGUACCUUCUCCUGCACCUGAGCGUCAAGCGCCUCGUGCGACUGGAUGUGUGGCUCUUCUUGGCCCAGCACGCAACGGCGUCGCUCGACGUCGGAACGUCCAUGGAAACGUCGCGCGCGCUCACGUUGCUGAGCACGUUUCUGCAUUAUGCGCGGCCGCUGCAAGCCGCGGCGGCCAAAGUGCCGUCGCUCGAGCCGCUCGUCGUGUACAUCAAGUCGCAAGACGGCCGCACGUCGCCGCCCUUGCACUACAACGUGCCCAAAAGCUGCCUCGUCGGCGAGCUGCGCGAUCGCAUCGCGGCGGAUGUUGGCCACUUUGCCGAGGGCAUUCGGCUCUUGACCGACACCAAGACGCGGCUUAGCGUGCGUAGCCACAACCACAUGACGCUGGCGGCCACGAACGUCUUCAACUCGAUGACGCAGCGCUCGUACGUCGAGGUGAUCUUGCUCAAGAAGCCCGAGACCGACACGAUCGGCCAUAUCAAGUCCAACCCACUGCAGUGGACGACGCAGGACGCGGCGAGCGACUGGGCGACGGUUCAGACGUGGCUCGGCGCCAACGUGCGCAGCACGCUGCUAUCGUUCUUGUCGCACCCGCGUCUGGCCGAGGCCGCGUGGCGGCUACUCGCGCUGCUGCCUGUCCAGACAUCGCUCUUGGAACAGGUGCAUUUGCUGCACGUCGACGACUGGAGCGGCGUGCUUUCGGGUCAAAGCGCGCUGCUGCUCUACCACCUCCAAGUGCUCCAGCCGUACCAGAGCCAGCUCGAGUGGAUGCGCCGCUUUGUGGGCUUGCGCGGACCGGAGCAUGUGUGCGAGCUGAUUCUUGCGGGGACGCCGCCGCCCCUCUUCAAGUGGCUCUGCGUCAGUCUGCACGAGAAACUGGAGUGGGCGCCAAUCGACCGCGACGAUCGCUGGCAAGCACUUGUGCACAAGAUUGUGUCGGUGACCAAGCACGUGCUGACGCAGCCGGCGUCGACACGCGUCGGCGCCAAGCAAGUGACGGUGCAGUAUCCCGUGCCCUCAUUGGUCGACGACGAGAGCGACGUCAGCAACCGGCUCAUUGCCAAUGCCGUGGCGCUGCUCCAUCGUCUCCUGGCGGCUCACAAGAGCGCAGCACCGGCCUUUGUGUCGCACCCGGACGCAGCCGACGUCGUGCUUGGUGCGCUCGAGCAUCCGUCCGCGAGCGUUCGAAAUGACGCGGCGGCGUGCCUCCGUGGCCUCUGUGACGUCGACGCGUCGCUCCAAUCGUUUGCGAUCAACCUCUUUGCGGGCUACGACGCUCCAGCGAUCGUGCACCAGGACCUCUUGUACGUGUACGGCGAUCUCGUGCAGAAGGGCUUGCCCGACGGCUUUGACACGGCGUCGGCCGCGCUGCGCCUCGCCCGCCGCCUUGAGUCGCUCGCCCCCGGCGCGGCGGCGCAGCCCAUCUUGGAAGGCCUCCUGCAUACGCUGCUGUGUCUUCUCAAGCCACACAAAGACGCCCAAGCCGCGGUGUCGGCGCAACUGGACCUCAUUGACGAGCUGUACCUGCGCUGCCUCUUUCCGGAAGCGCAUAUGCGGCCGUCGACGACGACCGAAGUGACGUUGGCCAAGUGUACGUCGGCGGGCGCUCGGGCACUGGCGUUUCAGCUGCUCUCCGUGCUUUGCGAUGCCAGCAGCGCAGGGCUCGCUGGCCUCCUUGCCAAGAUGCGACCGCAGCACUCGUUUGAGCGCAACCCGAUCAAGCCCGUCAAGACCAAGAAGACCACCAACAAGAAGAUUGCGCAGGCCAAGCCGACGGUCCGCGGACCUUUUGUCGGACUCAAGAACCUCGGGUGCACGUGUUAUCUCAACUCGGUCGUCCAAGCGUGCUUUUUCAUUCCUGCGUUCAAAGUGCUCGUCUUCUCGACGCCAGCGAGCCGUCCGCAGUCGCUGCUCUUCCAGAUCCAGUCGCUUUUCGCCCACUUGAAUGCGAGCUCGCGGCCGUACGUCUCGCCGGCGCCGCUGCUCAGCGUGCUCCACACGAGCACGGGUGCCCAUCAACGUCAAGCUGCAGCAAGACGCGAGCGAGUUCUUGACGCGUUUUUGCAGCAGCUCGAGUCGGAGAUCAACGGCGUCCAUACGGCCGAGGCGCAGCUCCACGCAUCCCUCGGCGGCCUCUUCAGCAACGAGCUCGUGGCCGAAGGCGACAAGUACAGCGAGCGCCUCGAGCCAUUCCACUUUGUCUCGGUUCAAGUCCGCGACCGGCCGCACCUCGAAGCCUCGUUGGACUCGUGGGUCGAUGGCGAUAUGGUGAGCUAUACAUGGGACACGCCGACCGACGGCAAGCAGACGCUCGAGACGCACAAGCGCAUUUCAAUCCAUACGCUGCCGAACGUCCUCGUCUUUCAUCUCAAGCGGUUUGAGUUUGAUUUUGAGACCAUGCAGCAAAUCAAGCUCCACGACGCGUUUGAGUUCCCGAUGGAGCUCGACAUGCGCCGGUACACGAAGGAAGGUCAAGCCCGUCGCCGCAACGAAGAGGACAUGGCGUGGCGCGCCCCCGAGUACUACCUCUACGAGUGCUCGGGUGCGAUCGUGCAUGUUGGGACGGCGCAGUCGGGCCACUACUACUGCUACCUCCGCGACCCCAAGGCGACAGCAUCGUGGGUCGAGUGUAAUGACACGCUCGUCACGCCUUUUGACGCGGCGCAGCUGCCACACGAGUGCUUUGGCGGCCUUCGCGCCCAUGACGACGACGGCCGCCGGUCACCGAGCGCCUUUAUGUUGCUUUACACGCGCAAGGCGACGUCGCUGCCGACGGCCAUGCCGGCUCCGGUCCGCCGCCUCGCCUCGAUUGUGCGGGCGGUCGUGUUUCUCAAGCGGCUACUCCAACGGCGAGCGCAGGUGUCUUCGCCGGCGCCGCUCCCCAGUGCCAUCUACGCCAGCAUCGAGGCCGAGAACCGGUCGUUUUGGCGCAAGCAGUACCUUGGCGACGUCGCGUGCAAGAGCUUCACGCACGACCUGGUGGCCAACUGCUUUGACGACACGAUGGUGUUUGCACCGGCGUCGCUGCGGCUGGAGGCGCUGCAGUUUGUGACAACGUUUGUGUUUGGCACGCUCUGGCAGUGCCAUGAAGUCGACCGGAUUGGCGUCUGGACACCGAUGCUCACUGCGCUGUACGACCAAGAACCCUUGGGCGCCGACUGGUUCCUGCAAGCCUGCGUCGACCAUCCGAGUCUCCUGGCCGACGUCCUCGUCGAUGAUGACGUGAUAACGGCGCCGUUCCGUCAUGUCGCACUUGCGAGUCUCCAGCACGCAUCGACACCGGCGCUGGCGUCGGCCUUUGUUGCCAAGGUGCUGGCGGGAGCCUCGCCGACACCGCCGCCCGUCGUCGUCGACCUUUUGCUUGCGUACGCAGCACAGAGCAGUGCCGCGUGCCACGAGCUCGUCAAGGAGCACCAGCUGCUGCGCGUGCUGCCGCAAGCGCUGCUCGACGCCGACCACGGCGGGAACGAGCGGCACGAAAGCUCCGUCUUGGCGCUCAUCGCAACGCUCCUGGACGCCUACGGCAAGGACGAUCUGUACUCCGUGCUUCCCGCCCAAGCCAUCGAGCUGCUGACGUCGAGUGCGUGGAUGCACCACCUGCUUGAGCGUCGGGGCGCGACGCAUUCGUUCAACGACGAGACGCUGUCGUGGCGGCGCAUUCUCUGGCGGCUCUGCACGGGGUCGGCGGCCUCGUCGUCGGCGUGGCUACGCGUGCUGCUCGCGGCCAUUGAGAGCGACGACCACCACGACCUCAAGCCGUACUUUCGCGCGCUCAUGGUGCUGCUGUCGCUCGACGACGACCUCGCGGCCGACCGGCUGGACGAUGCGAUGACGCAGUUCAUUGCGCUCCUCGCGUCGCAGCAACGCUACUUUAAAGCGACUGAGACGUCGAUCGACAUGAUGUGCCGCAUCGCCAAGCGCACGCCGACGGUGCGUACAUGGCUGUAUGAGAACCAGCGCAGCUGGGCGUGGACGGAAAAGUGGCUCGAAGCUCAUGCGGGGCCCCAAGGGUGGCUGCAACAGGGCAAGACGGUCCUGGUCAAGCCCAACUCGACGAGUACGUGGAAGGACGUGCCGCUGUCACACCCUGCGCUCGCCAAGACGAUCGACCGGUCCGUGGCCAAGUUUGUACCGCGCGUGCGGGCGCUCCUCGCGGGCCAAGCGCCGAGCGACGUCCAGUACGACAGCGACGACGACCCGAUUGCGCUGGUUGGCGCCCGCAUCAAGGUCAAGUGGGCGCGUGAAAAGUGGUAUGCGGGCCGCGUCGAGCGCUACGACCCGGCCAAACUCGAACACUUUGUCGUCUACGACGAUGGCGAGAAGAAGAGCUACAAGAUGACGGACAAGGUCUUUCUGCGCCUCGACGUGCCCGCCAUCGAAGGUCCCUAGUCGAUAAACAGCCGCCCAUUUUUGCAUAUCUAUAUCGUUUU